AUGCCUUCUCUCAAGAGCUUCGUUUCAGCCAUUGCGUUGGCGUAUCUGGCCAACGCUAAAACCAUCAAGAUCACGGCCACGUCCGACAACACCUUCGAUCCUUCAACCGUCAAGGCGUCUGAUGGAGACAUUCUGGAAUUUGUGUUCGAGCCCAAGAACCACUCCGUGGUCGCUGGUGACUACCGCUACCCUUGCUCUCCGCUGGAGCUCGGCACUGGAUUUUUCUCUGGCUUCUUCCCUACAUCCAGCGGCGAGGCAGACAAAGUCUUCCGCGUCGAGGUAAACGGAACCGACCCCAUUCCGUUCUACUCUUCCCAGGGCAACGAGUGCGCCAGCGGAAUGGUUGGCAUCGUCAACCCCUCAGCCAACCAGACCCUCGCCGACUACAAGAAGCGAGCCUCUGCGCUGGCCCGGAGCGUCACCCCCGGACGAACCUCCUUUGGCGGCGAGAUUGCCGACAACGACAGCAGCGACGAUGACGAUGGCGACGACAGCAAGGACGGCAGCAGUGGAAGCGGCUCCAGCAGCGACAGCUCAGGAGACAGCUCGUCCGACAAGGAUGGCAAGGAUUCCGGCAGCGUCUCUCUGUCUGUUUCUCUCGGCGCCCUGGGCCUUGCUUUCCUCAUGGCGAUUUAA